UCAUCAAUUUCCGUCUUCCGUCUUGUCUCUUGUUUCGCUCGUUGCUUCGAUGAGUUGGUCUACCAGCCACUGGCCAAUGCACUCUAUUUCUCACCGACUUCGUGUCAAGUCGUGCUCCAGUCGUUACAUGCCAAGGGCAACGGUCCGAUGUAUGCAACUCCUCUUGACGGUCACCGAUGGCCACCGAUGCCGUGCGGGGCAAGACCUUGCACUCUUGUACUAGGCUCAGCGAUGCGCUUAUGUUCGAGAAUGUAGGCCUGUUCCACUGCUAAAGAUACAUAUCGCAUGAUGCAGCUACUAGGACAGCCUUGAUCUAGAGAUGCCCCAUAGUCUCAGAACGUCUAUUUCGUGUUAUUUCUGGCUUCUUUCUGGGGUCUGCCAUGCUCAAUUGGCAUUAGCCCCAGUCUGAUUGAUCGCCCCCCCUGCGAAAAGAAAGAGUUGCCCCUCCCCUCCCUAUGCUCCAUGUUGCCCCUCCUGCCUGGCAUAAGUCUCAAGGAGGGACGUACAUAGCCGGAGCGGAGGGUGUGGAAACGCGUUGUCUAUUUCGCCACCAGUGCUGCAGAGCCAGUACCCUCUAGCAAAUGCACAGAUGGUCAGAUAGGAGCAACCUGCCUCUGAACAGUUCGAGAUCACCCCUCCUGUGCCCCGCCAUGACCGUGGUGGAGUUGGCUAAUAUCAGGAAAUCAUCAACUGGCAACGGCAUACGCCAGCACAUCAAUAUGGGUCACACCUUCUUGAGCCGCAGAACUUCGUGCGUCUGGCUCGACUGCUCGCCCUAUCUGAUGUCCCCUUGGAAUCAUUGAACCGAUUGAUCCCACCUAUCCUUGCGGUACGCUAACUUUAGGCGUGGGCAAUAAAUCACACAUGUCUCGCCUUGAGGGACGAAAAUAUCCUGCCCAAGAUCUUCCAAGUCAACCACAGAACCGCCUCACUCCUCUUUUACCACGCCGUCGCCCACCCUUUUCAGCCUUAUCGAUUUCUUAAUUGACAACGAGCUGCAGUACUACUGCUUCAAUAUCACAAAAAAGAAAAGUCAAUUGACAUUGACCUUGUUGGUUUUUUCCUUGUAGGGCUGUCUUGGGCAAAAAGAAACCCUGCAGUUGGGUUGUGAUAACCUCAUUGAAUCGACGUAACCCCUGAGUAGAAGGGUCAGACAAGAUCUAGUCUGCACAGAAUCAUGAUGGGCGGCUUCUAUAUCCAAUAUCUUGACGGCUUGUGCCAACGCCGCGGCUGGAGGGACCCCAUGUACGAGGUCUACCGAAGCAGCUCCGGCUUCACCUGCCUCGUGCUCGUCAAUGGGCGAGAGUACCGUACCGACCUGGCGUACGAAUCGGAUCAGCUGGCGCAGGAGAACGCGGCCAUGCGUGCGUUCAUGGUGUGCCGCAACUUCUCUGUCAAUGGCGGGAUGCUGGCCAGGAACGGGGUCGUCCAGGGGCUGCCUGCCACUGAGGGGGCUUCGCGCCACAAGAGACGGGGCGGAGGCAGGCUGCCUAGCCGCCAUUCGCCCAGCCCGAGUAACAGCGAUUCGACAUCGUCCUACGAAUAG